AUGGAAACUACAGCCUUGGCUCUGAAGGCAUUUGCCCUGGCUCUAAAGGCCAGCAGGGGCUUUGCACCACCAAUAGCCAUGGAACCCUAUUUCAAUCCCAUGGAGAUGUGGCGACGGAUCCUUGCCAUGGUCAUCUAUGUCACGAAGCGCUUGACACCUUUGGUCACCGGACUAGUGCCACCCUUACCUUUGAUGUUCAACCAGAAGAGCACUUUACAAGCCCAGCUUCGAGGAAUACCCAACGAGCCCAAGGAUCCCUCCGACUCAACGAGCCAGGCUUCGUGGGACAUCUUGGACGCAGUGGAGAUGGAGAGCUCACACCAGAGAGAGAUCACACCAGAGAGCCAAGACAUGUCCAGUGGAGAGAUCACACCAGAGAUCUACCUGAUGAUGGGAACACCGCCACUGUGUCUUCAUCGGAAAGGGGCCCAAUUGGCAGUGAGCCGGAGCCGCAACGAAAAAACACUUUAUUGGAUGUGCCCUCUGCAAGGAAAAGAUCGAUGCGACUUCUUCGCGUGGACAGAGCAUCAGCCCCUGAUCAAAAGGACAGAUCACAAGGUUGGGCGCAAUCACCUCUACACAACCAAGGCCGGAACGAAUGCCUUCAAGAUCCAAAAAAGAUGCCUGCAAUGCCACAAGAUCAUCUUUGAAGAGAAGACUGCGCUUGGCGCGGCCAAGGCUUUAGAGAAGAUAUCGCGGAAUGCGCAUACGUGGCAACAGGGUGGUGGCCCUGAGCCCGAUUGGGUGUGGCGCUGCAGGGCAUGCGAGCUGCAAAAGCCGGUGGAUCAGAAGACGACAUGGUGGUUUUGGAAGAAAUUCCUCUACCAGUUCAAAAAACUGGAGCGCCACGGUGUCCCAGAACUCCUUGAGGAAUACUCCCAGGUUCAUCGCAACGUCAACCAUGAUUCGUGGCACCUGCGCGCUGAUGCACCUCGGCUGGGCCACAAAAUCCCGGCUUUGCUGUUGCGUCUGCUGGGAUGCAAUCACUUCGACACGCCUUGUGGAGGCGGAAGGUGGUUCGAAGCGUUCAUGGAGCACUCGCGACGGGCCAACUUGGACGAUGUGGCUGACGCGAUGGAGAAAAGUGCUUGGUAUCUGUGGCAGACUUUGAAGUACAGCUCUUAUGACCACAAUGAAAUAGAUGCCAUGAUCACGAUCUGCGUUCAACUUCACAGCCUCGAGAAGGAGAUCUGGAGCAAAGUAGGCCGCAUUGUUCAAAACUCAGUCUUCCUCAGCCGCCAGUGGCAACAGGGUGGUGGCCCUGAGCCCGAUUGGGUAUGGUGCUGCAAGGCAUGCGAGCUGCAAAAGCCGGUGGCUCAGAGGACGACAUGGUGGUUUUGGAAGAAAUUCCUGUACCAGUUCGAAGAACUGGAGCGCCACGGUGUCCCAGAACUCCUUGAGGAAUACUCCCUGGAUCAUCGCAACGUCAACCAUGAUGCGUGGCACCUGCGUGCUGAUGCACCUCGGCUGGGCCACAAAAUCCCGGCUUUGCUGUUGCGUCUGCUGGGAUGCAAGCGCUUCGACGCGCCUUUUGGAGGCGGAAGGUGGUUCGAAGCGUUCAUGGAGCACUCGCGACGGGCCAACUUGGACGAUGUGGCUGACGCGAUGGAGAAAAGUGUUCGGUAUCUGUGGCAGACUUUGAAGUACAGCUCUUAUGACCACAAUGAAAUAGAUGCCAUGAUUACGACCAGCGUUCAACUUCACAGCCUCGAGAAGGAGACCUGGAGCAAAGUAGGCUGGGUGGAUCAUGCAGCAGCGCAGGCUAUUUAA